GCUUCAGUGAGUGCGGGUCGUAAUGUUGAGAAAGACAGGCCUGAGGAAAUAUGUAAUAUAUCGGGUUGGUCGCUCACUCUAUGGUCACGGUAUUCAGCUCUGCUUGUCUUCAUCUGUUUUGCUCUUAUUAAGCUUCGAUUGUCUCGUCAGACAUAGCAUCAAAGGCUUUAGCUAUUUUGGACAUCGUUGACUCCCUUGAUAUUGCUCAUGCCCUACACUUGUCACUUGAAUUACAGCCAUUGGAUCUUGACACGACGUUACUAUACUGAUCGGCGCGCUGUUUACGUCUCACCAUACAGCCAAGAAUGGCUGUCCAAGAAGAACCGCAUCAACUUCAUGGCUCAGCUGAGAUUCGAGUCGCAACUCGCGUGUUGCAGAUCGCAAAAUAUAUUGUGACAAGCUUGAAAGCACAGAGGGGCUGGUCCAAUCCAGCGUUGCAUGAGAGAGAAGCCGCGUCAGUCAGUCAUGAGGCUCAGCCAGAGCUUAUGAGAGGUACCUUCGAAAACCAUCACAUGGACACGGACUGGAAGUUGUCGAAGCAAGAUCAUCGUUACCGAAAGCAUAAUUCCGAUGCAUAUCGAGUUAGAAAGGCUUGUCCAAAGAAGUCAUCUGUGAUGACCAAGAGCAAAGUAUCAAGAAUAAAUAAAAUUGAGUGGGAAGACAACACCACAGUAGAUGGAAGUCUGUUUGCUUCCGGACAAGUGAAUCCAGAUUGGAGCUCACUUACUUGGGUCGAGCUUGCGAGGCUACUCGUAUUCAUUUACGAUGCUCUUGCGACGCUUCAGAUGAACCUGGGCAGCAAUGAUCGCCUCGUCAGCAGUGGCGACGAAGUAGUACACAGCCACAAUGUCCACGCGGACUUAUCCUAUGUGGCCAAAAUGGAGUAUCUGUUGCUGCAUUAUCGCGAUUCGAUGAUCGAAGCCCUGAUUCGCAAGACGGUGGAGCUUGUUGCCAGUAUGCGAUGGCAGAAACUCCAGAGAAGCCUGAGGCAGGAGCUCGACUGGCAGUGUCGGAGGUAUUGUUCGCGACAAGUGAAUGCUAACGCGAGCAGGUAUGUUGGAUGUUCUUUGACCGACCGUAUGAACAAUUCACCUACUCAGACCCGGCACCGGCCCAGCUUGUUCACUUGAACCCGGCGGUGCCAAUCGGGAGGAUAUUUCAACAGAGUGAUGAGCUCAGAAACUGGCCGCCGCCUCAAACAAACGCCUGUAAGUCCGCCU